AUUCCAUGUCUAAUAAGACCAAUAGAACCUUAUUUCAAGUGCUCAACAAUUGCCGCACACUUUCAGGCCAGAGAUUAUUGGCUCAACUCAUUCGACAGCCUUUGACUGAUAUUAACAAAAUCGAGGAGAGACUCGAUAUCAUUGAAUAUUUUGUUAAAAAUUACGACAUUCGUCAAGACUUGAGCGAAAUAUAUCUGAAGAAAGUGCCCGAUUUGUCCCGCAUUUACAAGAAACUGCACUCCAAAAGGGCUACACUUCAAGACUGUUAUCGCAUUUAUUUAAUGACUAAAAUAUUACCCAAUUUUGAAAAUUGUUUGAUUCGAGACGAGAGCGACGAAUGUCUGGCAAUGAAGCAAAACUUUUCGGACAAACUGCGAGUCAUUUGCGCUGAACUGUCGAAGUUGUCGAAAGCACUGGAGGGUGUCAUCGAUGAGGAGCGCAUUGAAUCCAACGGCGAGUUUUGGAUUAAAGCCGAUUACGACGACGACCUCAAAGAGCUUCGCAAACGACUCGAUCGCUUCGAAGAGGAAGCAAAUGCUGUUUAUAAGGCUGUCGACAGAGAGAUCACUAAAGAGCAGAAAGAGGACAAAUCU